CCUUAAUUGAGGGAGGGGGGACGUUGGGUGAAUCCAGGCACCCCCCCGUCCCGUAUUAGAAAACCCGAGUGCCCGUUUGCUCUUUUUUUACGGUCGCGUCGCUUCUUCCAGAUGGACGACUCAAAAGCAGCCUCCCCAGUCAAACAGCAACAGCAGGACCACCCCUCAGACGAAGACGGGUCCUCCUCCUCCUCCAUGGCUGCUGCCCUCGUUGCCACCCCUCUCGUCCCUCCCACCGCAAACCCCGUCGGCGUCAACAAACGCUACAGACCUGCCCCGGCGAAGACCUUCCAGUGCAGAGGCUAUGGCGACUGUCGAAUGGUCUUCAGCCGAAGCGAGCAUCUUGCCAGGCACAUCAGGAAACACACCGGCGAACGCCCCUUUACUUGCCACUGCUCAAAACAAUUCUCCCGUCUCGACAAUCUCCGCCAGCACGCCCAGACCGUCCAUGCCGAUAAGCAGGAUCAAAACGAACGUAUGAUGCGAGACCUCACCUCUUUGCACGCUUCCAUGGCUGCCGCUAACAAAGCCGGCCAGAACAGAGGCAAACGCUCCCAGACGGCCCUCAACCAACCCUCCGCCUCUGCUGCCGCCUCUUCGUCCGCCUCAAUCUCCCAACACGACCCUAUCAAAGAGGAAGAAGACUUUGUCCCUCCGCUCCACUACCGUCCCGGUACCAGCACUGGAUACGAAGGUACCGACACUCUCAUGUAUACCGACUCUUGGAGCACGGACGCCGGUUGGACUUCGUCCCAUCCGCGGCCUCCUAACAACCAUUCCUUUCGUGACUCCAGCCAGUCCUUUCGUGUCCCCCCCGCAUCCUCUGCUUCCACAUUCUACCACCAGCACCAGUCCUUUCUCCCCAUCUCCUCCGGCACCACCUCCUUCAGCUUCACUGUCCCCCCAUCACGCGAUGCCAGCCGCCCACCAACUGCAGGCGCUACCUCGACAUCAUCAACAGCCGAACCAUCAUCCGCUUCUCGAUCCCUCCCGCCACUCGCAGCAGUCGUCUCCGCAUCCAUCCCCCAUCUAUCAUCCCAACAACCCCCACCAACCACAACAUCAACACCCACACAACACGUACUUCCCUUACCUUCGUCUACAUUCCCAAGAAGACCUCACACCGCAGGUCGCCCAGGCACAGCUCCAGCAGCCUUCUUUGGCCCAUCAAAACCUGCUUACCCUGGAGGACCUGGAUUGGCCCAUCAACACUCAGAGCUUCCCCUUCCAAGCUAUGGACGUAGCACAGAAUUGGCAGCAGCAGCAGUCGCGACAUCCGGAUCUUACCACUACCGGAACAACGUCCCCUUCGGCCCAGCAGCAACAGCCUCAUAUGAGGCAGAACCUGCAUCACCUACAGCAGCUGCCUACAACGACUCACCAUUUUCCUUCCAGCCUCCGCCACUCUCCGAAUCCACACCCUCCAACCUCAGAAAACGACCUUUCUCCGGACUCGACCAUGAUGACUCAUCUCCGCCACCAGCAACAACGUCACGUCGGGAACUCCCCGUCACCGUACUCCCAGGAUCAUCGUCCUCAUCUGCAGGACCUACAACAACUGACUAUGACUAUGGCUCCGAGUCACGCCCUCAGUCUCGACGACUCACCGUCAUGGAACUCUGCAAUGACGCCGAUGUCCAUGUCGAUGGAGGAGCUCGCCCAUUUUUACCGUCAGCAGGGAAUGGCAAUCCACCAAUCGGUGGAGGGGGAGGAGCUUCGAGGCCAAAUACAUCCUCCGGAUUGUGCUCUUCCGCAUCUGCCCUCGCACUCGUCGACCGAUCUCCAUCUACACCCUCCACAGUCGUCGGAGCAGCAGCAGCAGCAGCACCAUCCCCUGCAUCCACACCUCCAAGCGCGGCUGCAACAGCAGCAUCAACUAUACGCGCAGGAACUCAGACGACAGCAGUUGCAGCAGCUACAUCACCAGCAACAUCCUCUACCACCAGUGGGCAGGCGUCUUUCGGGUUCGGUGGCUUCAUCCCCGGAGGAGGGAGUGGAGCUGGACCAAGCGGAACAACAGGAGGGGGAGGGGUAUCUGCGAGCGUUCGGAGGGAGUUCAGUGCCUCACCUUCACCCGGCGGUACAACAGGGCUAUUUCCAGCCACCUCCGCAACCUCCGCAGCAGCAGCUACACCGUCUCCACCACCCGCAUGGAGCUCAUCCCCGUUAUCGAGGCGAGGAGACCCGGAGUAUCAGUACGGGUUCAAACCACAGUUCAGGGAGUACGUCGGGUCGGCCCAACAGUCGUACCACCAUCAACAGUUCGGAGGGGGACAUGAGCAACAACAGCGUGAACGGGAGCAGCACCGCGAACGCGAACGGGAGACACGAGGAUCACCUACAGUCACGAAUGCAUAUUCCUCAGCGGCAGUUGGAAUGAAGGCUUGACUGAGGCGGUGUUUUGGUUUCGCGAUAUCGGACGUUUUGUUUCCCCUCGGACGUUAACGGUAUGCAUGUCUUAAUGUGUUGUUUUAUUCUUUGGGUUACAGGAUCGGUGACCUUUUUUUUUUUUUUUUCUUUU